UUCCCCGUCGAUCGGUAGUGCUACGUUUAUUUUCAUUGUUUUCAUAUUGAUUUUAGAUAUUGUUGUUAAUAAAUUGUAUGCCGAUUGCUGGUGCAGUCGUUCGCUCAAGUGAUGUUCGGUGGAGUUUGAUUUGCGUAAGCAGGGAUACAGCAGCAUGAAAGUUCGAUGACUAACGCCAUUCGGUUGUUUUCAUUUUAUUUUCGCUUUUGCUGGGCGUCGAAGAAGUGUUCGGUUUUCAGUGCUAAGGAAUGAAGUGAUACCGUGGCUAUAAGAUCCGGGAAUCCAGGAGUGAAACUUUUAGUUUGGUUGAUUUGUUAGUCUGUAUUUUAUAAAAGCUAUCGAAAAUGCUGCCCAACGAAAAGAAACACAUCACCAAGGGCUGGGAAAAGCUGGAGGAUGAUGUCAUCAUCAAAGAUGUGGCCACCAAGGGGAAACACGUCAACCUGUGCAUUUCCUACCUGUCGGAACGGAACGAUUUGUCCAUUGCAGAGGCCAAAAACUACUUCCUGCAAAAAGUUAACGCGUACGUCUAUCGAUUGCUCUCGAACCGGCAGCUCUACAAGGCUGAACACAUCCUCGGGAAUAUCGAGCGCAACUCCAAGUAUGUGUUCUACCAGAUCGCGGCGGAAACUGACGAUCAGAACCUGAGGGACUACAUCCGGGACCAUCUGGCCAAAACUGUCCCGAACUACAACGACGACGGCGAGGAAGGCGAGGAGCGGCUUUUGGCGGCCAGCUGGAAGGUUUACUGUCUCCUGAAAGGCAACGUGCGCCAGCUGACCGAACUGCUGCAGGAGAUCGAUCCCGGGUACAGUGUGCUGGAGAUCGAAACCAUGUCAUUCAAUACCUUCCACGGGAAGAAUGAAGCGUAUCGGAAUGCGGUGGCCCUCGAUAUGUUCUUCAAGAAUCAAGAAACGGAAAUCUCACCCCUACUGGAUAAGUACGCCGUGUGGAAUUAUCUGCUAAGGAACAACAUCGACAACCUGGUCAAAAUAUGGAUCCAGAUCAAUGCGUGUCUGCGAAUGUCGCCGGAAGUGGUACGGAAUUCGUCCAACUAUUCGGUCGAACUGGCGAGGAUCAAAAUCGAUAUCUACGAUGAUCCCAGGUUCAACGAACGGUUGCGGCAGUUAUUUCGGCGUUGGGAAAUCAACGAUUUCAUGAUUUCACAGCUGUCCAGCCAUAAAAGUAUGACGCGAAACGAGGUGCUUCUGAAUGCUUUGGCCACCUACGGGAAGUUUGUCGAUCACGAACGGACUGAUCCAGUGGUUAUUCUAAGGCGACUUUUCACUACGCAGACACUGGAUUUGAAUCGGGAUUGGUUAUCCAAGAAGGAAUUCAAAGAAGCCCUCACUCGGCAUUUGGUAGAAAAUAAACUUUUUCACCUGAUGGAUCUUUCCGUUGUAAGCCGAGAGUGUUUGGAAACACUCGGAAAUGAUCCGAAAUGCCAGCACAGAAAAGAGGUGCAGCUAUAUUUGGCGAUAGAUGGGCUUAACGGCGAAAGUAUUUCAACGAAUCAACUACUAGAAGUAUCGAGCUUAACUUCAAACUAUUUAAGCAAAUAUUCUGACAAUUUUUAUGAAGAAAAUCCCCUUGUGUACUUUUUUGAGUAUUUUUUAAAAGCUGAAAACCAGAAAUUUCCCGAAAAUGAUGCACUCUAUACAAAGCUUCCGCAUCUACGACAGUUUCUGAAUCGGUUGAAGUUCAACCCUGUCUCGUCGGUUUCUUCUAAAGAACUGCUAGCAUUACAUGAUCUUCCACAUCCGCACUCAAUCCGGGACCAACUUUUCGAACUUCCCGGUGAAGCUGAGGACGAUGAGAUCAAAUCUAGGAAACAAGCAAUCCUCAAAGAGCACGGCACAGUGCCACACUUCAAUCAUCCUCUGCUCUGUGAAAAAUAUGCCAAUCCUGUUAAGCUUAGCUUUACCGACUACAUCAAACAGUACCGUUCCUGUUAUGCCGUUUAUAUGUUCUUUUUGGAACAACUCGAGGAUUACGCCCGUAUUACCCCUGCACAAAUGGCCGCAGCUGCAAAAGCGGCCGCAGAAAUAGCUCUGCAGAAUUACAGCGAUUUAAAAAUGGUCAUCCACUGUGUGGCCUUCAUAGAAAUGCUCGGAAUCGAUAGCGUGCAAACGAGGGCCUUCGUAAGAUGUUUAAAUAUGCUCGAAGGAGAUGAGGAACGUCCGGUGAAAAUCACAAUCCAAGAAUUGGUGGACCGAUGUGAAUCUUGUGUCAUCGCUAAAGAUUGGGCCGAUCCAUCGCUGAUUCCUGAUUUGGAAGCCAUAACGAUAGUGUGCCGGGCGGGAGAUUUGCGAUUUCCUACUCGUUAUUUGAAACCACUCCUAAAGGAUAACAACUGGUUCCGGGUGCUGCUUCUAUUGGAGUAUCUAAACUAUCCGAUGGACCAAAUCUUAGACCUGUGCAAAUAUGGAUUCCAGGAUCAAAAUGUGGGCAACAAUUUACUGCGAGCUAUAAAAUAUCGACCGAAUGCUGUAGAGCGAAAAGUAUCCCAGGGAACGAUUUCGCUCAAGAGCAAAAGAUCCAGCUUUCCGCCGACUAGACGACGAAGGAAGGGAAGUGCCACGAGCGUGAACGCCGAUAGUCACUCGAGCAUUUCGACAAGCGACAACGACACAACACCACCGCCGGUUGUUGCCGGUUCUGGUCAUCAGCCUGGAGCUGGAGAAACACCUAGUGAAUCAUCGUCGAUUGCAGAGGAUUCUACUUCGGUUGGCGAGUAUGAUGGAGCACGUUUCCUGUGCGAGCAGUACGACCGAGAUCUAUUUGCAACCAUAUUGCUGUGCUCGAAACAGGCUCGCAACUGUGAGGAAGAUGUAGAAUUGCUGAGUUUUGAAGGCUUGAAGAAACUACUUAUCGGCAGUAAGAGCCCCGUUACCGAGAAAUGCAGUACCUUCCUCAAUCUGUUGGAUCGAUCGAUUCGAAGGAAAUGGCCCCUAUUGGCGGUAAUGGCUGGAAUCACUUCCGAAGCCAAUAGGAAAUAUUGUUGGCUGGUUUGGUUAUUAGUAUCGGUGGAAUACCCUUUCCUAGAUAAAAUAGCCGUGUUACAGGAAGUGGAGCUGAUGAAGGACCUCACUGAGUAUUGCCUAAUCCAGGGUUAUUCGUUCGUACUGCAAGAUAGUUUGGAUAUUUUCUACCCGGAGUCAAACUUUAUCAAUUUGGUAAAGUAUGUCACUGAAACAACGUUGAUCAAAUUCUCGGAACAAACAACCGACAAGCUGAGAUUGUUUCUCCAGAAUGCCUCGGACUGUCCACUGCUAGGUUUACCGAAAGCCGAAAUCCUCAAACACGCUGCCAAAUUGUUAACGUUGCAUUUGGAUUAUAGCUUCGAAUCUCAUUACGAUCAACAGCGGCUGUUGAAGUCGUUAGUUUCAUCCGAUAUCAUCUACUUUACGCAGCAAACGAAUUUUACUCUCUUAUACGAAAUCGCGAACAUAUUAAAAAACACUCAUGUUCGAGUUAAGUUUAUUUACUUUUACGAUCAAUCCCCCAACCUGCAACCAAUUUUUGAAAGCAUCUGUGACCAACUUGUAUCGGCGAAGCUAUAUAAACAGGCGAUAGAAUUAACAAAGUUGACGAAUCUUCCCAAAGAAAGCAUUAUUUUUGAACACUGGACCGAUUCUUUCGAAAAAAUGGGAUCCUGUAAUUUUUCCGAACAUCUAGAAGACAUGGAGCGACAUGAUCUUAAACCGGAUUUGUUGAUCAACUUCUACAUACAUAUCGCUAAUCGUCUGGUGUAUGGCGACGUUAAGAAAUAUUACCUACUCAAAGAAUCUUUGGAGUUGAUCAAAUCUCAUGCUCUCUAUCCCAGCGAAACAUUUGAUCGCGAUCGCAUAGAAUAUGAAAUGGCUCUAGCGUACAUCCACUGCUUUGAUGAUUCGGCCUCAUUGACCCUCUACCAUUCCCAAUACUUCUCUAAAGCUCUCAGUCGGGAUCGUGGGGUACUCUUACAUACCUUUUUGGAACUAAAGGAAGUUGCGGCAAUCGAUGAUCUCACCGUAAGCAACCAACAGUUGAGCGAUUCAGACGAAAUACUACGCCUCGAAGAGUUAAUCAACCGUUUGCUGGAAGCUGGUGAUAUCGUUCAAGCACUGCGCUAUCAAGCCAUCUUCGAACAACGACCAGUUGAUCUUCACUUUAUAGUGUUUUGCAUGGGCCUAGCGGAAUCGCUGUGUAGUUUAUACAAUCUAUCCAAGGAAGAGCGGUUGAUGCUAAAUGAGGAUUACAAGCGAACAGCCAAUCGUUUCGAACGAAGAACUCUCCGAUCCCGUGGAUUUAGUCAAUGUUCCGCCAAUACCUCAACCUCUUCUCCGAUGAGAUCGAACAUGAACGAAUCGAUGGAUCUCACCGGCACUUCGGAAUUUGAAGAAUUUCCUCCCCGCGAGAAACAGGAAAUCUUCGAAGCAAUCAACGGCCUUGCGGGGAAGAUCAAAUACGGACAGCAGAUAGCUCGGCGAAUCGUUCUCACCUAUCGAAUUGCGAUGUAUCUGGAUCGAGAAUAUACCGAAAUACUGAAAGUUCGCGAUCCGGUUGGCUUUCUGAGUGAAGUAUCGCAAUUGGAUUGUAUCCAUAAGUUAGAGGUUGUAAGCGAUAUCAUCGCAGCACAUCGUCUUAGCGAUACGACUGUUUCCGACUUUUUGGCCAGCGAAAUAGUGGCUGCAGUAGUGCAUUCGAAAUUCUACUUACUGCUGCAAGGUUCGCCUAUGGCAGGUUCGAAAGGUAUACAAGAAGUGCUGUGGGGAUAUAACAUCGAUCGAGAGUUUCAUCUGUUCUUGGAGCUGGCUCCGAACACCACAUUGCUGGGCAAUAAACUCUUACGUUUUUGCGAUGCAAUUAAGCAGUACAAGAAACUGGAGAAAUCGCCCGAAAGACAGUCGAUAUCCGAAGGCUUCAACGACCAGAUAGACCAAGAUUUAGUGGACAAACUCAAAAUAAUUUUUAAGAACCAAGUAUUAUCCUUGAAAAAGCAGAACACUAUCAUCGUAGCCCUUCUGGUAAAGGCUCACGAUUGUUUCGUACACGAGUGUUCCGUCGAAGGUAUCGUUCAAAUUCUUCAACGUUGUAAAGCUCUGAACACUGUCCUCACCAAUGCCAAGUCGUGGAGUUUAGUAGUAAAAAUGUUAGUUGGAAUCGGUCGAUAUCGGGAAAUGUACUACUGCUUUCAAACAUUGAUCAAAAAUGCCCAGUUCGAAUCUUUGCUAGGACAAUUCGACGAAAGACAUACCAACGGUUUGAAAACGGCCAUCAUAUCGUAUCUCCAUGAGCACUGCCCAGAUCAGAAGGAAUACUUUAAGCUUGCAGCCCAUCACUUUCGGAUGUACAAAGAAAUAGCGGAAACGUGGGAAACGGAAGCAAAAGCUACUAUCGCACAAGUGCUUGCUGCGUACGAGAAAACCUCCACUCCUUUGAAUGGCGGGGUCGGAGCAAGCCCGAAAGUGUCCGCUUCCAGACUACAGUGCGCACCGAAUGUUACCAGCACACUGAACUCGGCUAUGGAAUUCUACAUGCAUGCGGUGGAGAACUAUCUCCUGGACAACAAGAUGUCGCUAGCUCAACGGGCUGCAUCGAACGCAGAGCUAGUUGCAUUGCAAAUCUUUUUUGUAAAUCAAGCAAUCGGUGAGAAGCCAACGACCGGAGACGAAUCCAUAACCUGUAUUUCGGUGCUUAAUAUUAAAAAAGACGAAAAAGGGUCGAAUCUCGCUUAUUACGUUAACAGUGCUUUGAGCGUUCCGCAAGCCUUAAUCGUGGCUCGAACAUACGAUUACGAAAUCAAUUGGAUCACCGCGCUGUAUCAGCACUACAUAAUAAACGGAGAAGCCAACUACCUAGAAGACUUUCUGGACCGGAUGACCCUGACCGACGGCAUGAUAGAAAACCUGGUAAAAAUCUUCCAACAAGAACCGACCGUAACUCCGGAUAUGGAGCGCUCAAUAGCCACCUUGGUGGACAGAGUUAGGCUGGUUACGCUCAAAUAUCGACUGGCGUCAUUGCUCGGGUUGAAGCGCACCCUGCACGAGUUGAUCAACGGGAACAGCUUCUACUAUUUGAAGGAUUGUGACUACGGACGUAACGAGCAUGCUGCCGGGGGAAACUGAGAGAACUGAUGAAUCAUCAAACAAGGCUGUCGAUAGUAUCAAAAGUAAAAAUUUCAUUUUAUGAUGUGCACAUAUCCAGGACUUGAAGUAUUUAUUGUUUAGAAUUAAAAAUGUUCAGGUUUUUACAAAGUGUAAUACAAUAAAAAGCAAUAUUCGUUUGUAGAUUGUUUGAA